AUUCCUUCGAAAUAAUAACUUUAAUGAACUUUUUUAUUUCGGCAGUGAAACAAGGAUGAAAACGUACCGAUUUUUAAAGAUGGCCAAAUUGACAAGACAAAAUUUGCUUACAUGCACAGUUAAUAUUACCUUUUGUUUAAAAACCCAGCUGUAAAUGUUGUUUUUAAGAACUCGGUUGUCCUUUUAGUCAGUGGCUCAACAUUACGCAUUUCUCCAACUUUGCACUGAAAUUGAAUAGCAGGAUUUCUGAUUUUUCCGGUCCUAAAAUCUCACCAAGUGCGUAAGUAUAUCCCAGAAGAAGUCAAAUCUUCAUUACCAAGCUUUUAAAACUCUCUUGAAACUUAAGAUUUAUAAAAGAAAUAAAUUAUCGUCAUUAACAAGCGAGAGUGUAUGUGGAUAAUUUGAACACACAUCUGAGCUGUACGCCCGGGGCUGUACGUUUCGGUCAAACUCUUGUUUUGGACACAAUUCACACCAUAGUUAAUAGAGAAACAAUUUUGCUUUUCUCAAUUGCUUUUCUUAAAAAAUCAUUUGAUUAUAAGUCUUUAUUUCAACUGCACGAUAUAAAUUGGACAGAUGUAUUAGCAUACAAUCCUCCAACGCUGGCUUUUAAGGUCUUUGUGUCAAUUUUUAAACUUUGCCAGGGAGUUAAAUUGGAGAUUUCAAGCCUUAAAAAGAAGACGAAAGGUGGUGGCAACUUGCAGGUGUCCUCGGUUGGUAACUAACAUGGGCUGUGGAUCGUCCACCCACAAACCCACAGAGAAAUCCGCCGUGAUCCCUCUUACUCCAGCUCAAAAAUACCUGGUUAGAGAAACAUGGGAGACCAUCGAACUUCACAAGAAUUCUGUUGGCAAGAAAACGUUCUUGAGAUUCUUUGAAAAAAAUCCCGAAUACCAGAAGCUAUUCCCAGAGUUUAAAGAUGUACCCCCAGAGGAACUGGAGAAGACAAACGCCUUAUAUGGGCAUACUAAACGAGUGAUGAAAGCAGUGGAAAACGCUGUGUCCGCUUUAGAUGACGCUGAGAGUUUUAGCGCGUACUUAGAUGAAUUGGGACGGAGACACAAAACGCGUUCUUUGAGACCUACGCACCUUGAGGCCAUGCAGGAUGCCUUGAUGUUUACUCUUCAAGAUCUUCUCAAGUCCAGCUGGACUGAUGAAACAUCAGAUGCCUGGAAAAAGCUUUUCCACUUCAUCAUCGAUCACAUGAUCUAUGGCUUACAGUCAUGAUCAAGGCUAGCAAAGAAAAUGCAUGUCAACAUUAAACUGACUGCGCCUCUGAGUACAACUUAAAUAGCACGACACUAAAUAACUCUCUACCUUAUGGUAAAUCUAUAAACACUAGAGAAGAUCACGUUUACGUGGUUAGUCCUUGAGCUAAUUUAGUGUCACGCCUUCCUUGGUCUGUCAGGUCCAUUUCGUUAAUCUAAUUAAACAAGUUGCUUACUUUAUCUCACAAUAUAACAGCAGCUGGACAAAGAAUCUUCCAUUAAGUUCCCUAUUAGUACUAAAGGAUUUCUGUAAUCACGUCUUGUAAAACAAGGUCGAUGGCCGAAUUUUAAAACAAAUCUGGUCUAUAGUUCAUGUUAUCGUGUGACAAAGUUAAACUAAAUCUUCGUCGUUCAAAGAAAGUGUUAACCUUCGAAAAUUGUGGUACAUGUAGUACUUUUACCGCCCCAAUAGACACAAAAAAACAAAAGCCGAAAGCCACCAGAAUGAAAUAUUUUUCAUAUAAAAUUUUAGGUUUUAUGUUGCCGCCAUUUUGCUCCUCCCCACAAAGCAGAAGAGGUUGCGCGACAGAGGGUGCUUUUCAUUCAAACCAAAACCCCGGAACUUUCAAAAUGAAAGCAAAUGGUGCGAAAUUUUCUUUGGCAAGUUUACGGAAAAUCCGAAAAAUGUUUAAUUUCCGGAAUGCGAACCAUUCAACCGAAAACUCCAGGAUGAAAAUCAAAUAGAGUCGAAAUUUUCGGUAAGAAAUUUCCAAAGAUUUCGGUAUACCCCCGAAAAUUUAAACCGGAAUUUAUCAUCGAAUGGAAGGCGCCCAAGGCUGUUCUCUUUCCCUGAAAAUUGUUAAAAAUACUGUUCAUUUCGCCAACGGAAAUUUCCGGAAAUGCAAACCGAAAUGUUUGGUUGAAUGGAAAGCACCCAGCGGACUUUCUGACGUGUUGUAAAUAGAUUUGGCUUAGAAAGUCUAUACAAAUAAUUUAAAUGUUUUUUGUACAAUUUAUUUAAUUUUGUGCACAAGUAUAGCAUAACGCUAUUAUGGUUUUCUGUUGUUUUUGAAAAGAAACGUUUAUUAUAUUACUAGUAA